AUGGAAAACUUGGAUUUCUUCUCCACAACGGAGUUCUCUGAAGUCUAUGAUCCAAUGUUCACACUUUAUUUGGGUAUGCAACCCACUGUGGUGUUACAUGGCUAUGAGGCAAUAAAAGAAGCUCUCAUUGACAGUGGUGAAGAAUUUGCUGGAAUAAGACAGCUCCCAGUUUUUAAUAAGGUUUCUAAAGGCCUAGGUGUUGACUUUAGCAAUGGAAAUGCGCAGAAAGAAACAAGGCACUUCUCACCCAUGGCUCUGUGGACUUUGGGAAUGGGAAAAAUGAGUAUUGAGCCCCACAUUAGAGAAGAAUUGCAGUUCAUUGUAGAGGAAGUGAGGAAAACCAAUGGUCAGAGCAGAAGGGAAAUGAACACAUUGGCUCUAGCAACAGAUUUGAGUGCCAGAAUUCCCAUGUAAAGUCUAAGAAAGCUUUAAAAAAUGGCUUCUAGUAGGUUGGAGCAGCUGGGAAACAAACAAGCAGCCUUGAGAAACAGUUGAUUUCUUCCAACUUCGGUUCUGUUAUAGGAACACUUUAACUACCGCCCAUGCUUUAUUAUAAUCUUGGCAACCACUCUACAUUUAACAAACCUUCAUUAUUGUGCACCCACUGUUUACGAUUCUUAUUGAUGCGAGAAUAAGAACAGAGGCUAUGUGUCUACGGGAGAUUCAAAGACUAGCAGUUGCAUUUUCUCAAGAACUUGCACAUAUGUCUUCUGCUCAGUUUUGCGGCACCAGCCUCACUUCUGACUUUGGGACAUGGAGAAAUCAAAUCCUUGCAAUCCAUGGGUAAAACAGAGGGAAUAUCUGGAGCCAUAAGACAAUCAUCUUAAAUUCUCAGUUCUAGAUAUGAGCUGAGAGACACUGGCAGUCCUUCUGUUACACACUAUUGCCAAUGGAAAAAAACAAUAACAACAACAAAAAAUAAUAGCCUGGAUUAUACACCAUUAAGUUCCACAGUGGUAAACUCCAUGAAGCUUUCUCUAAGCUACAAUUUAAUAAUUUUAUGAAAAGGUGAUAGUUUUUUUCCUAACAAUGGUGCUCAAGACAUACAUUAUGGUCUUUUUAGGCUUCCAUUGUUAAGAACACAUAUCCAAAGGUGUAAAUUGCAAGAACCAUUUCAAACAUCUUAUGAAAUAUGUGGAUGGUCUUGUGUGCAUAUGUAUCUAGACAUGAGAAGAAGCACACAAAUGGCUGCGGCAAUGAGGCCAGAAAAAAAGAUCACAGUAAGACCUCAUUAGAAAAAACAUACACCACAAAAUGUCCAUGAAGUAUAACUUCUUAUAUGGGAAAUAAACUUAGAUUACAGACAUAUGAGGAAUUUUCACUUAUCUAAAAGUUAACACAUGAGAAUGUUUAUCCUAGUAAUGUCAGCAAAUAAAACCACAAAAUCUUACGUAAACAUCUGGGUGGCAAUACAAAAUUGUCAGGUAUUUAUGGUUGACACACUAGAAAAACUUUUGUUUCCUUUCCAUUCACUUUGCGUUCUUCUGGACUAGAAGUUUUACAUGCAGUUGUGAGAACAAUCCUGCCAGAAGACAUAAUAAACAUUUCUUUGAACUGUAAGUUUAGUCUUUGCUCUGACCACUUUAGGGUUUUGGUGCCCUUGAACUAAAAGGUUUAGAAAUAAAUAACAAUGUUAGGAGGGACGAUUGAUUUAGAUUACAAUGGGGAAAUUGAGUUGCUGCACCACAACGGAGAUAGAAAAAUAUGUCUGGAGUGAAGAAGGAAAACACUUCAAGCAUCCCUUGCUUACGGCAAGUCCUGUGAUUAAAAUUAAUGGAAAACUACAGCAGCCUAAGCCUGGCAGGAUGACAUAGACCAAUGAGAAAUGAACAUGUAGGUCUCUUAGCCAGGCAAAGAACCAAGGUUACCUUGAUGCUUUUUGAGUUUGGAGCAAAACCAAAAUGUGUAGGAGAUGAAUCUAGUUAUAACCAUCAGAUAAAGACACAUGAAUGGUUAUAGAAAUGAGGAUUUAUAGUUGGAAACAUGAGUGUUUUCUCUAAGAAUA